AUGACCGCGUCUGGUGAAAGUCGCCUUGAGAAGGCGAAUAAGAAGUCGCCAUUUGUACAGAUAAUGCAGCUGGCCAUUCCUAACAUGAUCAGCUUCCUCGUCAUGUACUCUAUAUUCGUUAUUACUAUCUUCUUUGUAUCGGCCACCAAUGAUUCCCAUAUGCUUGGCGCGAUUGGUCUCGGAUCAGUUAUCCAGAACGUGUUCGGAUUUAGUAUUGGAGUUGGACUCAUGUCUGUUCUGGACACUCUGGUCAGUCAGGCAGUUGGUGCUGGGAACCCUCAUCUCGGCCUCAUCUACUUCAAUCGUGCACGUAUUGUCGGCACUAUCGCUUUCGUUCCUUGCUUCAUAGUCAUGUUCUACACUGAACCUAUCCUCCUUUGGAUGAACCAGGACCCGCUCACGUCUAAGCUUGCGGCGGAUUACGUCCGUGGCAUGAACUGGGGUCUCUGGCCCUUUUUUAUGUACAACGCCAUGUGCAGCUUCUUGAGGUCGCACAGACUGCCGGAAGCCCCUCUCUACGUCAAUGCCAUCACAGGCUGUGGACAUGCCCUCUUCUGUUGGCUCUUCCUAUUCAAGUUCCAUUUCGGUGCAUAUGGUGUUGGUAUUGCCAUGACCUGCACUCAAUGGGGCCGGUUCAUCCUUCUUGAGCUCUAUGCAGCUAUCUGGCACCCCGAGACCCACGCUCACGGUUGGACUCCUGAGAGUCUCCACAACCUGUGGGAGUUCGUGGCUUUGGCUAUCCCCUCUGCCCUCCUCAUGUGGAGUGAAUGGUGGGCCUACGAGGUCCAGUCGGUGUUCGCUGGCUGGGUCGGCCCGAUGGCCUUGGCAGCUCACGUUGCCGCCUCCAACAUCGUCUCCAUCAUCUACAUGGGCCCUUGUGGAAUCAGUCAGAGUGCCAGCGCCCUCGUUGGCAACUCGUUGGGUGCCGGUGAUGUUCGCACGGCCCAUCUGUUCAAUCAUAAAAUCAUUCGAGGAACUCUCGUCUGCUUCGUCAUUGUCGCCAUCCUCAUGUGCAACUUCCGUUACUACGUUGCCUAUCUCUAUAGCCGCGACUCUGCGGUCCUCUCCAUUCUUUGUCCCGCCCUUCUAGCCGUCUCUGUCUUCUGUAUCUUCGACGCCAUGCAGGCCUGCCAAGAAGGAGUUCUCAGGGGUUGCGCCCUCCAGGGCCGGGCUUCUACCUACAAACUCCUUGCCAUGCUCCUCAUCCGAUUACCUCUAGGUUACCUCUUCGCCUUCGGAUGGGGACCUCUACCUGCUAUGGGAGUCCCUGGUAUCUGGUGGGCCUCUGUUGUUGGUAUGGCCAUCACUUGUUCAGCUUACGGUGGCAUCAUCUACCGUUGUGAUUUCAACAAGUGCGCCCAGGAGGCCCUCACCAGACGUGAGAAGGAAGAACAAUUGAAGGCAGCCCGCAGUCCACUAUUGGAUGAGGAAGCAGCCGGUGCUGGUGCUGCUGUAUAAGUUGUACCCUUUACAGCUUCAUAUGUUCUCCUACGUAC